GAGUCCCGGAUGAAUCGUUGGAUACACGCAUUACUGUCCGUCUACGCGUUCAGCAUCUCUCAUGUUGAUGCUAAAUCAUAUGCGGAGAAUUUUGAGAGAGCUGAAAUAGCUGGAAAGGAGUUCGCAUGAACAUUUACGGAAAAUCAAAACGAGAAAAAUUCCUCCGCGAAGCGCGCCAUUGACUGUAAAGACCUUUCAACUUUAAAAAAAAAAAAAAAAAAACUGAAAUUGACAAACGUUCUCUUGAGUGGAAACUUUGUCACGACGACCGUAUCGCCACAAAACGACAUGCGGGGAGCGUGCAUCGUGACGGAAUGACGGCGAAGGACUAAGUAAUCGCGAACAGGCAACGAUGGCUCGCCCGAGGCGGCGUUUUUCCGCGUAAAAUGCUGUUUGUGUUGUAGUUGACUAACGUUAGUGCUCCGCGCGCUCCCCCGACAUGGAUGGAUAUGACGAGGAUCCGGCGAGCAAACUGAUGGAAAACCUCUCCAUAUUUGACGUUUAUCAAGACGGGAUGUACGGGGAACCGAACCCCGAUACAGCGAAAACUAAACGAAUGAAUGGCAGCUCCUCCGGGAACAAAGUCUACUGCGCGGCACCCGUGCGUUCCGUCAACGGGAACCGAGCCUCAGUGCCUCUGGAUUUCUGUUCUCCGCAAAGGGACGCGGUUUAUCCCGAUCCCGACGCGUACUGCACCAAAUCUGAAGUCGCCUUGCCGUGUUACAGCGGCGCGUCGGAGCGUCUCCGGAGAUACACGCACGCGGAGGUGCAGGCGCACCGGUACAGCGCUGGAUGCGCCUACGACGCGCUCGUUCUCGGGAAGCAGGUGAGGAGCAACAGCUUAUGCAUGGCCUCGAGCCCACGCUCCAGUCUGGCUUCGUCUCACUCGUCGCAAGACCAGAGCAAACACACCAGCCCGAGGUCGAGCAUCAGCAGCCCGCGGUCCAGCCUGGUGUCACCGGGACAGGAGAAGUACUGUGAGGGGAACGGCGUGAUCAGCCCUCGGUCGAGUUACGCCAGCACGGCCAGCGACACCAGCAAACACUCCAGCCCCCGAACCAGCCUCAACAGCUACGACUGCGGGAGCAAACCGAGCAGCAACCGAACCAGCGGCAUCAGCAUGGGCUACGACCAGCGGCACAUCAGCCCCAGAUCGAGCACCACGAGCCCGCGCUCCAGCUACUCACCCGCGGGGAACCACGAGCCGGAGAGCGGCGGGGUGCACGGCGUCCCCGUGACCAGCCCCCGGUCCAGCAUCUGCUGUCAGGAAGCACGACCCGCGAACUGCGUGGUCAGUCCCCGCUCGAGCAUCUCCAGCCACAGCUCCAGGAGUUCGCGGAGCUCUAUGAGCGCGUAUCCCGAGCUCCAGCACUCCAUGCUGGGACCCGGUCUGCCGGAGGACGCGCUGCUGCUGCAGGACUUCACGGAGCCAAACGGCCUCCACAACAACCGCGUCCACCUCCAAGCGUUUCCCGAGCCUCAGCAGCAGAAUUCAGACGUCAACAUCGCGUUCAGCUACGGGAAGAUGUGCACCGGGGGACAGCACUUAAAGCUGCCUUACCAGGUCACUCCAUCCCGGGACAGCGGCCCCAGUCCGGCGGAGCGGCGCCUGGAGGCCCUCACCCUGGAGCUGGAGAAGGAGCUCGAGAUGCACAUGAAAAAGGAAUAUUUUGGUAUCUGUGUGAAGUGUGGUAAAGGUGUGUAUGGAGCGAGUCAAGCGUGUCAGGCGAUGGGGAACCUGUAUCAUACAAACUGCUUCACCUGCUGCUCCUGCGGACGGAGGCUACGAGGAAAGGCUUUCUAUAAUGUCAAUGGAAAGGUUUACUGUGAGGAAGACUUCCUGUACUCCGGGUUCCAGCAGACAGCAGAAAAAUGCUUCGUGUGCGGUCACCUCAUCAUGGAGAUGAUCCUGCAGGCGCUGGGUAAGUCGUAUCAUCCGGGCUGUUUCCGCUGUGUGGUUUGUAAAGAGGGUCUGGACGGCGUUCCUUUCACCGUGGAUGUGGAGAACAACAUCUACUGUGUGAAAGACUACCACACGGUUUUUGCUCCUAAAUGUGCCUCGUGUAACCAGCCCAUCCUCCCAGUGCAGGGUUCAGAGGAGACCAUACGGGUGGUGUCCAUGGAUAAAGAUUACCAUGUGGAAUGCUAUCACUGUGAGGAUUGCGGUCUGCAGUUGAAUGAUGAAGAGGGGCAUCGCUGUUACCCGCUGGAUGGGCACCUGCUGUGCCACCGAUGCCACCUGCACCGCUUAAAAACCCCUGUACCAACUCACCCGCCCCCGAGUUACCCGCUCCACGUCACUGAACUGUGAACACAGGGCGAUCGGAGGGCGACCCGUGCCUGUUAUUCCUCCGGAGCGCCCUCUACAGCACUGAACACACAGACUGAGACACGACGUCCUGUGCCUUCAUCACUAAUCGACACGCACCCUUUCUGUGUCCUGCCGUCUGCCCGGCGUCUUUAAAGGGACAGUUCACCUGAAAUUAAAACUACAGUCAUCAUUUACUCACGGUCCACGGUUCCAAAAUGUUAUUUCAAGGCAAUACACGACAGGAAAAAACAUUGUAUUUCGGCCUGUUUUGCUUCCAUAACAAGUCAAAUUUCAUUUUUCUGUUCACCAGUGGAAAGAAAAUAUCUAAAAUACACAUUUAAGUGUUUAUUUUAUUUCACUUUAUCUAGUUUUGGAUAACAAUACAUAACAAUACAUUUUUUUUCUUAUUAAUACACAUUAAUGUAUUCUGAUUUUACUGAGGGUUUUUUUUCAUAUAUGAUUCACCUGAUAUAUAUUUUAUAUAUAUUUUAAUCCAAAAACAUAAUUCUAACAGGAUUUUCAAAAAAUUUUUAUUAAAGAGAAAUCCCAAACCUUACUCUUUAAAUGUUUUGGAAAUGUAUGUAAAUUAGUGUGAAUCUAAUAUUUAAUUUUUAAAUACAAUUUUAUAUUUGUACUCGGAAAAACAUUCACAUUUUCACAUUUUUUCAAACAUUUUUGAUACUUUUUUACCUAAAAAAAAAAGCUAAAUUAGAUAAAUCUUGUUUUCUGAAAAAUUAUCCACAUUUCUUAAAGUGCACAAAAAUUUAUCUUAAUUUAAAGAAAAAAAGAAUAUAUAUAUAUAUAUAUAUAUAUAUAUAUAUAUAUAUAUAUAUAUAUUAUUUUUUUUCACUGGUGGAUAUUUUAUUAUAAUUUUGAUACAUUUUACAGAAAGUCAGUAUUAAUAUCUUGUUUAUCUCAGUUACAUGUAUCUUGAUUUAAGGAUGUUUAGAUAUUUGUAAAUUUUUAAAGAAAUUAGUUUUAUGCAGUGUAUUUAACAAUGCAUCUUUUGCAACAACAUUUCAGAAAACUUGUAAUGCAAAACAAGUAUGAUGAUAUAUAUCUAUUAGUUCAGUUUUUUGUUAUUUACUCUUGUGGCUUGCCUUAAACUGCUCAUGAAUUGUUCAGUUUUGGAACAACGUGAGGGUGAGUGAAUAAUGGUGAACUGUGCCUUUAAGAAUCAGUUUAAUGGCAGCAAUGGGCUUUUACUUCCCCAGGUGCACAUAGAUGGACUAACAGAUGUAUAUUUCGCUGAGGUCUGACAUGAAUCCAGCAGAACGAGGCUGGAUCUGUGAACGCUGAAGUCUUCAGACACUGGUUUGUCUCUUGAUGAGGUGCCUUCCUGCCUUAACGUGGAGGAGACGCGCUGUAAUGUGUCUCAGGAGACACUUAAGGGACUCUAGAGGUGUGCAGGGGUCAAAGGUCAAGCCUGGAUGUGCUGGACUCAACCAGGACGGAGACCUGCUGCGUUCGUCCUGUGUUUGUGUGUGACACGCCGUCUUUAGCAGCUGCGAUGCAAUGAAGCGUAAGGCGACAGAAGAUUUUGCACACGUCAGAAUUAUAGUAAAGUCAUGAAAGCUAUGAAGUAACACCAGUUGAAGUCUGGGAAUGAUGUCAAAGUUACUGAUAUGUAAUUACUGAAAAAUUAUUUGUUGCUGGAAGCAUCUCGUCGCAGCUUUUUAGGACAUAAGUGAGUGUGUAUGUGGAAAAGAGUCUGUGUGUGUGUGUGUGUGUGUGUGUGUGUGUUCAUGUACACUGGUGGCUGGGCCACUGUGUGUGUGUGUGUGUGUGUGUGUGUUUGUCAAAUACAGCAAUCCUGAUGGGAAUUUAGUCAUUAAAGGUAUAGUUCACCCAGGAAUGAAAAUUUGCUGAAAUUCUAAUCAAAAAGGUCAUCCAAGAAUAGGAGGAGUUUGUUUCUUCAUCAGGUUUGUAGAAAUGUAGCACUGCAUCAGUGUCUCAUCAAUGGAUGCUCUGCAGUGAAUGGGUGCCGUCAGAAUGAGAGUCCAAACAGCUGAUAAAAACAUCACAAUAAUCCACAAGCAAUCCAGGUUUUUAUCAUCAAACCAUUUCUUCCAUCUAAAAUACAAGUCCAUAAUCCAUAAUAAAUCUAUAAUAACGCUUUCUUCAGUGAAAAAGUGCAUCUAUUGUUGUCUCUCACAUCAAAAUCCAGCCACAUACUUGUUUAGGCUUGUAAACAGUGCUCAAUUUGUGCAGAUUUCUCUCCUGAUUCAGACCAGAUGACUUUUUCACUGUACAAUACAAUAUUAUGGAUAUUAUGGCGGACUCCUAUUGUAGCCGGAAAGUUUGAAGGUUUUUUUGUCUCCAGAUGUUCACUGAUGGACUGGAGUGCUGUGGAUUAUUGUGAUGUUUUUAUCAGACUCUCAUUCUGACGGCACCCAUUCACUGCAGAGCAUCCAUUGAUGAGACACUGAUGCAAUGCUACGUUUCUCCAAACCUGAUGAAGACACAAACUCAUCCUGAUCCUGCAUGGCCUGAGAGUGAGGACAUUUUUACCAAGACAUCAUUUUCGGCUGAACUACUCCUUAAGUGUGUUAAAUGCUUCUCGGGUCUCUGUACACACUUCUGUUCCACACAGACGUCUGCUGUAACACUACUGACAGAACCCGGCUCUGUGCGUUUCCUGAGCUGACAAGACCAGUGAACUCUUAUUUUGUAAAACUGGUGUGAAGAUGUGUUUGCUGACUGAUACCUGCACCUUGUUUUUGGAGAGCGGGGUUUUCUGAAGGAAUAUUCUGGAUUGAUGUGGCAUGCUAUCGACUGCCAGAGAAAAUCUUUUCUACUCUCUUCUCACAGCCGAGGUAUUUUCUGUGGUAAUCGACAGCGUGAAUAUUUCCCUGAACUGUUCAGUAAGUGCUUUCAGAUCAUUCCCUCAAGCGUGUUGCAUAAUAUCUUUCUCCACGUCGUCUUAAUCCACUUUAAAACGUACUACUAUUUCGUAGCACAGCGCUAGAGUCCCUGUAAAUAAAGAGUGUAGAAUCUAUUUCCUGCUUUUAUCAGAAAUCAAUCAACGGUAGCUUUUCCAUCAGUUCUUUAAAAAGAGCACAUCUUGCGUUCUGUUGCAUCACUUUUUUUUAUCGUACAAUGUUUUGAUUUCCUAGCUAUUUCAUAAAUAAGGAAAGAGCAAAGUAGAUUUAUUUAUCUAAACGUGAAAAGUUUAAAGUUAUUUAAUGUAUGAAGAGUCGGUUCGUAUCAUUUAACCGUAGAUUUGUGUAAUCUGCUUUUUCAAUAAAGUGGUUUUUGUAGUUAA